AUGAGGAACCAAAUGUACAUAACCAUGAUGGACCCCUUCCAGCAGAAGUACGGCAGGAUCCUGAGCGGCGUCCUGGUGCUGCCUGCUCUGCUGGUCGAUGUGCUGUGGGUGUCCUGCACCCUGCUCGGUUUAGGAGCAACAAUGAGUGUCAUCCUGGACCUUCCCCAUUCCAUCUCUGUGUGGAUUUCUUCAUCCGUGGCCAUUAUUUACACUUUACUUGGAGGCCUGUACUCCGUGGCGUACACAGACGUCAUCCAACUCUCCCUUGUAUUUCUCAGUCUGUGGCUGUGCGUCCCUUUCCUUUUGAUAAACCCCAAAUCUCUGAAUAUUGCUCAGACAGCCUUUAACCACACGUACCAGAGCCCCUGGAUGGGCACCCUCGAGCCAGCCACAGCGUGCAAGUGGAUCGACGACUUUUUAAUGUUGAGGACGCUGUCGUCUUCUUCUUCACACACUGCCAAGAUGACAUGUUUUGCUGCAGCUGUUGUUAUUGCCAUUUUGGGAAUCCCUCCAGUGUUAGUUGGAGCAGUUGCUGCUUCUACAGACUGGAACCAGACUGAGUACGGCUUCCCCCCUCCGUACAUCCGCGGGGAGGACAGUUUGGUUUUGCCCCUGACCCUCCAGCAUCUCACCCCUCCCUACAUCUCCGUCAUUGGGAUCGGGGCCGUGGCUGCAGCCGUCAUGUCCUCCACAGACUCUGGGCUGCUGUCUGCAACGUCUGUUUUCUCUUCAAACAUCUACAAAAACAUUCUGCAUGAAGGGGUAAGUUCCACACUGGAGAUUUAG